AUGUCCCCACUGAAAGUUGCAGUUAUCGGAGCCAAUGGUAAAGUCGGUCGCUUAGUUAUUAAAGAAUUAGUUAAUGACCCAACCAAUUUUGCCACUCCAUUGGCCGUGGUUAGAUCCAAAGAACAGCAGGAUUUCUUUCAAAAUGAGCUUAAAAUAGACGCUACUUUAACAAGUGUGGAACAUUCUAGUGUCUCACAGAUUUCUGAUGCUAUCAAGGGUUAUGAUGCCGUUAUUUUUAGUGCAGGUGCGGGAGGUAAGGGCAUUGAAAGAAUCUUCACAGUGGAUUUAGACGGCUGUGUCAAAGCUAUGGAAGCUUGUGAAGCAGUUGGAAUUAAAAGAUUCAUUUUGGUCUCAGCUAUCAAAGCCGAAGACCGUUCAUUCUGGUGGAAUAUUGAAAGUUUGAGAAACUAUUAUAUUGCUAAGCGAGCUGCUGAUCAUGAAGUUAGAAGCUCUACUUUAGAUUAUACUAUCUUACAACCUGGAAAUUUAACUUUGGAGGAUUCUAUCGGAAAAUUUACUUUAGUUAAGGACAUCGAUGAGAGAUUGAGGACUGAUCCAAGUAUCACUAGAGCUGAUGUUGCACUCUUCAUAAAAGAAUGCUUGAAGCAUCCUAAAGAGACUUCGAGAAAAACUAUUCCUUUAUUGAAUGGUGAUAGAUCAGUAAAUGAUAUUAUUAAAAAUUUAUAA